UUUUUUAUUAAAUUAAAAUACUGAUAAAGGUUAUAUCAGUAUUUGGAGAGUAAAAGUAAGGUUUUUUUGAAGUACAAGAUCAAAUCAUAUACUUCUUUUGACAGCCUCAUUUCAACUAAUUGCAACUGAGGGAAUGGAAUUCAGGCAAACCUCUUGUGUUUGUUUCAACUUGUAUUAUUGUUGAACACUUGACAGCCUAUCGCUAGAUUGAGUUUUACCUUGUUGUAAUCGUGGAAAGCUUUGUUUGAUGCAUAGUACUUCUUCUCAACUAUACUCGUACCUGUAAAUCAUUUUCAGAGGUGAACUUAGAGAAGAAAAAUGGAAGCAUUUACUCUAAAGAGGACCUUACUCUUGACAGAUUAAUUAUUUAGUUAAUCCGUAGCAUCUGUUGUAGAGGACGGCCGUAUAGAAGAUCAAUCCUUGAUACUACCGCGUUUGAUCCUGCGGUUGUACGGUCUUUCCCCACUAAUCAAUGCACGACAAUUUAUAUCAUCCGAUUAUACCAGCUUGUUUCUCUAUGCCUGGUACUGACAAAAAUUUUAGGCCCUUUUCGAGAGACGAAUGAAAUAGAGCCGUUAAAGUUUAGUUGACUUGGUAGCAUGGCCUUUAGGCAUUUUAGUAACAUAAAGAAUUUCUUUAGAUAGUUCUGUUUCGUUUGCUGAGAAAAUAAGACCAUGAGUACGACAUGGAGACCAUAAUGAAUUCCUUGAAAUUGCAAUUGGGUUUCGUAGUUAAUAAGGACUGUGACUAGAAUGCUAAAGACAAACCUAGCAUCGAUUAUUCCAGUGUUUGCUAAUGUAAUAGUGACCUUUACAAUUUUAAAUGUGAUGACAAGGUUUAAGCAUAUCCUGCCAACAUUGGAACCCGUCUAUAAAUGUUGAUAAACCAACUUGAAUGCAUCAACUCUUAAAAUCUUAAACCUGAGGUCUGUUUGCUUGAACUGAGAUCGAUGGUGAUGGCUAACCUUGUUAAAGAUGUCAUCAUCCAAAUACUCUUACGACUAUCUGUAAAGUCUCUCUGCCGAUUAAAGUGUGUAUGCAAAUCCUGGCGUUUGCUUAUUUCUGAUCCGCAUUUUAUCAGAAUGCACCUUAAUCUAGCAACCAGAAAUAAUUGUGUAAACUGCCAAAGAUGGAGACUGUGUCUCACAUCUUUCUCUCUUCCUUCUGUUUACUCUGUAGGCUAUGAAGCAUAUGAUAGAGCAGUAGCAGUAACGAUUGAUUAUCCACUGAAACGUGAUUUCUACGAUGAGGUCAAGUUCAUUGGUUCUUGCAAUGGCUUAUUAUGUGUUGCUUCUGAACCAGGAAUCUUACUGUUGAUAAACCCUUCUACCAGAGAAGCUGAGGAAAUACCAAGAUUAGGCAAUCGUCGCCCCUUCACUCAAUCAUCGCUGCCUUACAUGUAUGGAUUUGGCUAUGCUCAGUCCAUUAAUGAUUACAAGCUGGUGAAAAUCUCUUGCAAAGGUUCUGUCUUUGUCUACUCAUUGAAAGCCAACAGCUGGAGAGAAGUUGGAAUGUUCCCUUACCGCAUCCUUGCACUUGAUCCUGGGAUUCAGCUAAAUGGAGCUAUACAUUGGGUGGUAAGUCACAGUACGGAUUCACAAAUAAUCGGUGCCUUUGAUUUAGUGGAGGAGAAGUUCUGGGAUGUGUCACCACCUGCUUCCGUUAAAAAUUUUUAUGGGAUAGGGGUUUUUGGAGAAUGUCUCUGCAUACUUCCUGAUACUGAUAUAACCUCCCAUAAUGACUUCUGGAUAAUGAAGAGCUAUGGCAUUAAGGAGUCAUGGACUAAAGUUGUGAUCACCAUACCAUAUUUUAGAAUGAAGCCAUUAGGCGUUUUUGAGAAUCAUAGAGCCCUAUUAGAGAUUGAUGGAAAAUUAGUCGUCUACAAUUUCAUAGAUGGAACUUGCACGGAUCUUGUUAUUCAUGGUAUCCCAGUUGGAAUCGAGUUUGAAGUAGAGACAUACAUAGAGAGUCUUUUUUCACCUUACCUGAGAUUGGCACUUAGAGCAGAUAUCCGACAGAGUUGAAUUCACAAGAAUGGUUGAAGGUAAAUGCAUAAAGUCUCCAUCUCUGUUUUCCAUUUUCUGUCACGUGCUUUGGUUUCUUUGAAUCAAGAUUUUCGUUUCUUGUUGAAUUACUUUCCUAGAAGACAGGCACAAUGACAACAGAUUUAUGUAAAACUUAAAAGUUCAUCCAAAUCCAGUUUUGUUUUCAA